AUGGAUAUAGACAGGGACGUAGUUGGUUUCUUGACCAAGCAAAGGUCAACUGCUCCUGCUCAACUACGAGACACGUUUGCAAAGUUACUCGACCUAUACGACAAGAAGUUAUGGCAUCAAUUGACUGUGGCAUUAGAAUCCUUCUUGGACUUGCCUGGAAGUGGCCCAUACUUAAUGCCACUAUAUCAGGAAUUCAUCAUUGACUGGGAAAAGAAAAUGAACCAACUCUCCCUUGUCAGAUUCACCACUAGAGCCGCCAAACAAUUAUCGGAUGUGAUUCGACAAUCACUAACAUCCAUACCACCACCAUCAGAUCCAAAGGAAUCUCUAGCAUUCUUAUCUGCUCAAACAAUAAAACUAAAGGAAAUCCCUGAUGCAACAGAUGCUUACGUCCUCGCUUCCAUGGAAGCUGCUCACUUCAAACUCGUCUGUGGCGACUUGGAUGGUUGUCAAGCUGCUAUCGAAGAGUGUGAAAAGCUAUUGGAUUCAUUGUCUUCUACCGAUCUCACCAUCAAUGCUUGUUUCUAUCGUGUUGCUGCUGAUUACUACAAGUUGAAGGCUGCAUUCCCUCAGUAUUAUCACAAUGCUCUUCUCUACCUAUCAUCUGUAAAUCUAGCUGAUUUGACUAGUGAUGAAAAAGUAUUACGAGCUCAUGAUUUGGCUUUGAGUGCUCUAUUGGGUGAAGGUGUUUACAACUUUGGUGAAUUGUUGAUGCAUCCGAUUCUCGAUGUAUUACGUGGCACACCUAUUGAAUGGCUCCGUCAGCUCUUGUUUUGCUUCAACUCUGGAGAUAUUGAUGGCUUUGACAAGAUUAUUGUUACUCCUGGUUUCCGAUCAGAGCCCCUGUUGGUAGCAGCUAUUGAUCCAGCCAACAACCAAUUAUCUGAAAAGUUGUGUCUCAUGACAUUGGUGGAAUCAGUCUUUAAAAAAUCCAAGGAAUCACGGAGUCGCAUUCCAUUUAGUGAUAUUUCGCGAGAGACUCGUGUCCCUGUCACCCUUGUGGAACAUUUAGUCAUGAAGGCUCUGAGUUUGGGUCUCAUCAAGGGACAAAUUGAUGAAGUGGAUCAAAUCGUUGAGAUCUCAUGGGUGCAACCUCGAGUAUUGGACAAGAAUCAAAUUGCUACGAUUGCUACUCGAUUAGCAGAAUGGACGACGAACGUUCGUGCUCGAGUAACUGGUCUGGAAAACGAAGAGUCGGCCAUGGAGGUCUUUGUUCAAUAA